ACAGCACGGGAUGAUGGAGCACGAUCCAUUGUACGGCAGAACCGCGGCUGUUGAUCCACUGGAAAAGCGUGAUUUCUUCAAACUUCUUUCGAAUUUCGGACUCGGUUCUGGCCGCUAAACUCGGGACGACACGCGGUCGGUGCCGCGAAUGUGAAUUCUCGGGUGUUUGUGUCGUUUGAAGGGGGGUUGGUGCCGCGGUCCCACCAAAGGAAUUUGUGCCUCAUCCACCGUGCUGUCCUGUUAGCGCCGGAGCUAGCACCGGAGCUAGCCAGCGUCACGCGCACAAGUCCUUUUUAUGCUUUUUAUGUGGCGAUUUCAGCAACAACUGCAGGAAAAUGUCUUCAACGCGGAGAAACCGUGCCUCCAAAUAAGCCAGCUUCAGAACAUACGAGCUGUUCGCUUGAAAGCUGCGCACUUAGCCACGUUAGCUCGCUAGCCGCGGCUGCCGUUACCGGGCUGUCUUUCACAAAAGGGGGCAGCGCGUGAAGCGGAGAGGCGGCAGGAGCCCGGACCCAGACCCGGCACGAGCCCCGACGGAGACCCGCUCCUCCCACGGCGUGCGUGUGGCGGACAGCCCGCAGGAUGAACGGAUUCAGCACCGAGGAGGACAGCCACGACGGACCGCCCGCUCCGCCGUUCUACGGCCAGAGCUGCUGCCUGAUCGAGGACGGGGAGCGCUGCGGCCGCUCCGCUGGAAACGCCUCCUUCAGCAAGAGGAUCCAGAAGAGCAUAUCCCAGAAGAAACUCAAGCUGGACAUUGACAAGAGUGUGAGACAUCUCUACAUCUGCGACUUCCAUAAGAACUUCAUCCAGAGCGUCCGCAACAAGAGGAAGAGGAAGACGAGCGACGACGGAGGAGAGUCCCCGGACCACGACGUGGAGGUUCCAGAGGUGGACCUGUUCCAGCUGCAGGUGAACACGCUGAGACGCUACAAGAGACACUACAAGCUGCAGACCAGGCCGGGACUCAACAAGGCUCAGCUGGCCGAGACGGUGAGCCGUCACUUCAGAAACAUCCCGGUGAACGAGAAGGAGACGCUGACGUACUUCAUCUACAUGGUGAAGAGCAGCAAGAGCCGGCUGGACCAGAAAGGAGACGCAGGGAAACCUCUGGACUGAGACACACUCACACCACAGGACACACACACACACACACACACACAUACACCCAGCAGGACACAUACACACACACUCACUCACACACCACAGGACACACACACACACUCUCUCUCUCACUCUUAAACCAUCUCCAUGAGAACAGCAGCAGCGGCCGAUCCCCCCUCUGUGGUUCAUGGACGCUGAACAGAGGAAGGAGGAUCAGGACCCGUCUUCAUGUCCUCAAGGACGUCCGUCUGCAGCCGUCCUGCUCCGCCGGCCCCCCAGUCCCUCCUCCUGUCCCCUCGGUCCUCCUGUCCCCUGGUGUAUACAGACAGCGUGGUGGACUCGUCCUGCAGCUCUGCCUUACUGAACAGACUCUGUUCUCAUUCUUUUCUUCUUCUUCUUUUUGAUGGAUUUUCUCUUUCUGGAUGUGUGACGGACGCUCGUGCCAAAAGGGACAGUGAGUGAACUGACCUUUGACCUAUGACCUGGCGGGGUGUGGGUGGGUUGUGGUGUCCGGAGCUGCUCCUGGUUUCUGUACAGUCGGCUCUCUUCUUCACUUCAGGUGUAAAAAGUUAAAGUUUCUCCGUCUUUCACUUCAGUCAGCUGCUUUUCUAAAGUUCACGUGUUUUUCACCGCGGGACGUCCAGACGUCCACACCUCCAGGAGGGCCGUCCCCGCCGGGAUUCGACCCGGGCUCCUCCCGGGCUCCGUCGUAGCUUCACGCUCCUCUUCUGGGCUUUAUGUUGGGUUUUGUGUCCAUCAGCCUGCCUGCAGCUUGCAGGAGCGUUAGUGUGUAGGUCGAUCCAGAUUAACUGUUAGAGCUCGCAGAGCCGCAUUAACCGCUGUGCUAGAGGAAGCUUAUUUAAACUCGGCUGCUUGGCGCUCCUAAUAUUAAUAAAUGUAUUGUACAGGCUCAACCCGGCUGCUCUGUCUUUCUAAGUGGUUCA